AUGGCUUCUCACUUUAAAAGGUGCCAGCGGAAUAAUGCGCAGAUACCGUCGUCGGCGGACCAAAUUUCUGUCGCCGCUGAAAUCAUCCGCAGCAACGCCGACCUGGUGGUGGAGAUCCUUCAGCGUCUGCCGGCGAAAUCCCUCCUUCGAUUCAGGUCAGUCUCUAAAGAAUGGCUCUUUCUCAUCUCCAGUCGUCGCUUCUCUCUCCUCCACUGGCUACAGCAGCAGCAUCAACAAUUCCAUGAUCCCAAAAUCUCCGGCCUUUUCUUAACCUCUGAAUUAACCGAUAAAUCCCCAUUUAAAUUCACGAAAUACAUUCCUCUCAUUAAUGGCGGAGAUGAAAACAAGUCACUGGCUCUCAAUAUGAAUACAAGUACUACAACCAUAGAACACUCUUGUAAUGGUUUUCUACUCUUAUGCUGUUUAACUAAGCAGUCUAAUAAUUUAAUCGACACCUCUUACCAUGUUUGCAAUCCUACUACCAAGCGACUCUCUAGUCUUCCCUGGCCUUUUUUCUUCACUCAACUUUAUCCUCCCGACUAUUUAUAUUUGUUUUUUGAUCCUUCCAAAUCCCUUCACUACAAAGUUGUUUUCUUUCAAAAUUCACUACUUGAAAGUGGUUAUGGCUAUUCGUGUCAAGUGCAUAUUUAUUCCUCAGAAACCCAUGCCUGGCGGGGGCCACAACCCAAUAUUGGUGAUCACCAUUAUCCAUUCAAGGCACCAUUAAGUGUGGAAUUCGAACAUGGAGUCUAUUGCAAUGGUUCCGUCCAUUGGAUUUCCUUCGGCGGACGACCUUCCAUCUACUUUGAUGUUGAUCAAGAAAGAUACUGCACAAUGCCAUCUCCACCAUUUGAGCUUGGUACUUUCUAUUCCUUUCAUUUUGGGGAGUCCAGAGGCCAUUUGCAUCUUAUUCCUUCUACCGGAUAUAAUCUCGACAUAUUCGAGAUGGAAAGUGAUUACUCUAAGUGGUCAUUGAAGCGUCGGGUUAGCCUUGACUUGCUGUUGGUUGAUCUUGCAUCAAGAGAGGAGAUGGUUAUCAGCUUUGAUACGGUAAGAGUGCUUAGUUUAAUUCAUGGAGAAGAUGAAGAGGAUGUGUUUUUGGUGCUAUUUGUAGACACAACUAUGAUCAUCUCUUACAACAUUAAGGAUAAUACAUUUAAGAAGCUUGAUGAUGUAGCAAGCCAUCAUGUUUCUUCUUCUCAUGAUUUUUCGUUGUUUAAACGCCCUCAUCAUGUCCAUCCAUACAUUGAGACCCUCUUUCCUGUUUGA